UGCAGCGUACAGCGACGAGCGACGCUUCCCAGGCAACGCGAGCGUGCAUUUUCAGCACCACCUCCGCCGCUCAUCGCUCCACAACACAUCGACAACGUGAUGGCAUCGUAUUAACGCCAUGUAACGCCGAAUAGCUCAUCGCAAACGACGACCGCACGAAAGGACACCGAAAGGAGACAACUACAGUUGUUCGUCAGUGUGCGUAGUUGAGCACAGUCAUGCCUCUUGUAAAGAGGACCAUCGAGCCCAAGCACCUGUGCCGGGGCGCCCUGCCCGACGGGGUGACCAACGAGCUGGAAUGUGUCACAAACAGCACACUGGCGGCCAUCAUCAAACAGCUGGGAGGACUUAGUCGACAUGCGGAGGACAUCUUCGGGGAGCUGUUUAAUGAGGCUAACAGCUUCUACAUGCGCAUGAACAGUUUACAAGAGCGCGUCGACCUGCUGGCGGUGAAGGUCACACAACUGGACUCCACAGUGGAGGAGGUGUCCUUACAGGACAUCAACAUGCGGAAAGCAUUCAAGAGCUCCACUAUUCAGGACCAGCAGGUGGUGUCCAGAAACUCCAUCCCGAACCCGGUCAUGGAGAUGUACCACCGCUGUGACAAACCACCUCCUCUCAACAUCCUCACACCAUACAGGGAUGACAAAAAAGACGGGCUCAAAUUCUACACCGAUCCAUCCUACUUUUUUAACCUUUGGAAGGAAAAGAUGCUGCAAGCCACAGAGAACAAGAGGAAGGAGAAACGACGGCAGAAGCAAGAGCAAAAACACAUCGAGGAUCCCACUCGCGAGGUAAAGAAAGUCCGCAAAGCUCGUAACCGGCGUCAGGAGUGGAACAUGAUGGCGUACGAUAAGGAGUUCCGUCCAGACACUCGCCUGACACCGUCUCCUUACCACGGCAUGUCCUCUGAGGGAUCUCUGUCUCCAGAUAGAUCUGGCAUGUCAGAUGAACACUCGUACCCAGCGAGUCCCAGCCACCCACAGGAAGCAGGUGGAGGAGGAGCUGAUGGGAAAGACGCCGGUCCCACACAGACUCAGUCCCUGGACCGAGCGUACCGGCCUCCAGCCUCCUCCACCGCCGCUGCAGCCCGGCAGCACUCUCUCGGACGCGUUCAGGCCCACCACGGACCCCCACCGCCAGACUCGUCCCUCAACGGACCCAGGCCGACAGCUGCCAAAGAAUACAGUGGCCAUCAAAUCCUGGAGCAUUUCGUUCCACCUGCCCCGCCUCCACCUCCUCCCCUCAUCCCAUCCUCUCAAACCGCCUUUGACAGCACAUCUGGACCUCAGUCGCUGGCUCCGGGUACAGUGGUCUCCCUCUCGCGACCCUACAGCCCAUCUCCUCCUCCGGCUCCUGCCUCUGCUUACACCGCUUCCCCUGCACAUGCUGUAAUGGGCGGCCCACCAGUGGCCCCACCUCCUCCUCCACCAGGACCCCCCACACAUGCCCCGUCCCCGUCCCGAGUAACACACCCGUCUGGAGAGUCGACUCUUCCCAGGAAGGGGCAGGUGCCUGUUAUCCCCAUGAGCGACGCCCGGAGCGACCUGCUGGCCGCCAUCCGCAGAGGUAUCCAGCUUCGUAAGGUGCAAGAGCAGAGAGAGCAGGAAGCCAAGAAAGAGCCAGUGGGUAAUGACGUGGCCACCAUCUUGUCCCGACGCAUCGCUGUGGAAUACAGUGAAUCAGAUGAGGACUCUGAGCCCGAGGAGAACGAGUGGUCAGAUUGAGGCACGGGAGGCGAGAUCUACGACCAUAAUGCUGCUAUUUUCCAUUCCUGCACAUUGUACACACUCCUCAUACAGUCAGACGGACCUCGGACGGGGCUACCGAGGAGAUCAUGACAGAAGGAGAAGGAAGGAAACAGAAUUUGUGCAAUGCAAAGUGAAAGGACACAGGGCAGGUGCAGAAAUAGACAGAUGAGUUUGGUGAGGUAAGCACAGGAACUUUAAAAAUAUAGUUUGUCUCAUAAUGUAAAUUCAACAUGCUAGCAUUUCUUUAAGAGUCGUCAAGAAAAAAAAAUGGUUCUGUGAUUUUGAUUAUAUAUUUUGGUAGCUGUCCAGAGAAUAUAGAGAAAUACAUAUCCAUCUUUUGUGGUACACGAAAAUGAUGGUCAGCAGUGGUAUUAGCACUUGUAUUAAUUUAAUGUUACAAAUCAUUGCCACAGUAUCGUUACACAAACAAAUCUGUCGUGGUAUCUCCGGCUUGCUUCACGCGAGAUGGACAAUCAAAUCAUCUCUAUAGUAUCAAAGAAUAUCACAAUUCUGCAUUAUCAAAAAUUUGUCACUUUGUUCAAUUGUGGACAGUGUUGUGAUGAAUAUUUAUACCCCAAUUUAGCAGUGAGUAAAUUUCUUGAUGCUUUCGUUGUUUGCUUUUUUUUUAUUUCUUAAGGAUCAGAGAUGUGGCCAAUAAUUUAUUACUGCUUGCAGUUUACUAAUCGUGUGUGUUUGUGUGUUGUGUGUGUGCCUAUAUGUGUCAAAUGAGGUGAUGGAGUGCAAGACAGUGUCAUCUGCUAUUUUAGAUUACUAUAAUUUGUAACAAUACUCUGUAAUUUACAAGUACUGUAUCAUUAAUGUGUUUUACAAUUUAUUGUUGUAUAGAUUUUUGUAACAUUGCUCAGAAGAUGGAAAUGGCAACCUUAUGUUUAAGCUAUGAUGUUGUAGGAAUAUAGCCUAAUGUGCAUGUAUGAAUAAUAAAUAAAAUGUUAAAAAUCUA